GAACAUCUCUGCUCCUUUUCUCAUCCCUUGAUAUCCAUUUCAGUGUCUUUCAAAAACUAUAAUUAAUAUGGCUCGUCAACGCCGCGGUGCUGCCCCCACUCCUGCACGCAGCGCUCCCUCCAGACCUACUGCGGCACCCGCUAGACCGGCUGCUGCUCCCCAAGCUCAACAGCAUUCUCAGCCUCACUCUACAGCUGCAUAUCCUGCUCAGCAACAGCAUCAUGCCCCCCCUCCUGCGGUCCCGGCCCCGGCCCCAGCUGUUCAGCAGAGCUCCGGACCUGGCCUCUUCGGCCAAAUGGCAUCGACCGCAGCUGGUGUAGCAGUCGGUUCCUCCAUCGGACACGCCAUCGGCAGCCUUUUCUCUGGCGGUUCCUCGUCGAGCGCUCCUGCUGAGCCUCAGCAGGCUUCUGCCCCGGCCCAGCCCAUGGACAGCAACUUGUGGCAGGGUAGCUCUACUGCAAAUUACUCCGCAGAGAACGGUGCUUGCGCGACUGAUAUCCGCAACUUCCGGAGCUGCAUGGAUGAGAAUAAGGGUGAUCUGACUAUUUGCGGUUGGUACUUGGACCAGCUGAAAGCGUGCCAGGCUGCGGCUAGACAGUACUAAACUGCUGGCGAAACUACUUGCCAUGUGUUGAGGUAUCUCUGGGUGGCGCAUAAAGGUUAGGUGCAUGGUGAUGAGAUGAUACUGUAAAAAACAUGAACAAGUACGGUAAAAAAUUGGAAAGAUAUCCUUGGCCAGUGCCUUCGUUGCAUGAAUAGUGGAAUUCCUUUUUAACUUGCCCAACUAGUCAUACUUGUCGAGUCGGCAUAUAUCCA